AUGGGGGUUUUAGGUGUGCAAAUUGGACAAUGUGGGAAUCAACUAGGGAUGGAAUUUUACGAUGCUAUAUAUAAACAUAUUAUAAGUUGUAAAAAUGUAAAUUUAAAAAAUAAAUUAAUUAAUAUGUAUUUUGAUGAAGAAUAUAAAUAUGAUAAUAAUAUAUUUCCCAUAUUAGAAUAUGAAGAUUUUACCAAUAGUAAAAAUAUUAAAGGACAUAUAAUAAAUCAUGAUUUUUCAAAUGCAAAAUAUUUAAAUAAUUAUGUUGCAAGAUGUAUAUUAAUAGAUAUGGAACCAAAAGUAAUUGAGAGAUGUCUAAACGGGAAUAAGUUUGAUAAUAAUUUUCCAGAUUAUAGUAAUUAUGUUUUAAAAAAUAAAAAUAAAAAAUAUGAAAAAAUAAGAAAUUAUGAAUUUGGAAAAUAUGACAAUGAAAUUGAGAAAAGUCAUAAAUAUGUGUGUGGAUUAAAUGAAUAUUAUGAACCAACAAAUAAUUUUACAAAAAUAUUUAAAAAAAAAUGUGAUAUAAAUUUGGAUGAUAAUUAUAAAAAAUUUGAUAAUUUUAUAAAUAAAGAAGUAGAAAAUAAUAGUUCCAAUUUUGAUGAUAAUAACAUAGUUAAUGUUUCAUCUUAUUCAAAAAUGUACAGCGUCAAUCAGUGGAAAUAUAACAAAAAUAAUGUAAUUUAUGGCCUGAACGGGUCAGGUAAUAAUUGGUCAUAUGGGUUUAAUGUACAUGCAAAAAAUAUAUGUGAAGAUUUUAUAAAUUUAAUAAAUAAAGAAUUAGAAAAAAAUAACAAUGAUGAAUGUAUAGAUAACAUAAUGUUAUUUCAUAGUUUAGCAGGUGGAAGUGGUAGUGGAAUAAGUUCAUAUAUAUCUUAUAUUUUAAAAGAUGAAUAUCCAAAAAUAAAUUUAUUUAAUAUAUGUAUUUUACCUUACACUUUUGGUGAAAUAAGUGUACAAAGUUUGAAUACGAUUUUAUGUUUAUCAUCUAUUUAUGAAGUUUCAGAUUGUGUUAUGAUUUUUGAAAAUGAUAAAUUUGAAUUAAUGUGUAAAAAAAUAAAUAAUGGUAGUAUCUCUGGAGAUGUAACAGGUCAUUCAUUACAUUCGUUUGGAAAUAUAGAUACAAACAAUAUUAAUAAAUAUAUAUGCCAGUUUCUUGUACAUACAAUAGGAUUACCAGUUGAUUAUAGUUAUUUAAAAAAUAGUAAUAAUUAUAAAUAUUCAAAUUUUAUGAAUUCGAUAAUAUCAGAUUUAUGCUGUCAUUCCAAUUAUAAAUUAAUAUCAGUUCGACAUUUACCACAAGUUUAUAAAGAUAAUUUAAAAUUCGAACAAAACACUUUUAAUAUGUUAAUAAAAAGAAUGCAUAAAAUGGUUAUAAAUGGAAAUAUAUUAGAUUAUAGUAUAGGUACAAAUAAAGAUAGUGCUGAAAUUAGUGGUUAUUUAAAUAAUUAUAUGGAUUGUUAUUUUUCUAAAAUAUCAGAAAAAAAUCUAAAAAAUAAUAAUAUUUUCCAAAAAAUUAAUAAUAUUCCAAUACAUCUAAAUGAAAAUAUAAGUAAAGGAUAUGUGGAUAAUAAAUUUAAUUCGAUUUUUUUAUCGAGUGAUAAUAAUAAUACAAAUAAAUAUCAGCAAAUGAAACCAAGACAUCCUUAUAAAACAAUUAAUAAAAAUAAUAAUUUGAAAAAUUUACAUGAUAAUAUAAAUUCAACACAUUUUGAUCACAAUAAUGUUAUUUUUAAUUCUAAAAUGAUAAUGCGUGGUGAAAUUAACGAGAAUAUAAAUUUUAACUUAUUUAAAAAUAAUGUGUUAUAUAGUAAUAUAUCUUUGAAUCCUAUAGAAAUUUAUAUUGAUCAAAAUAAAUAUUUUGGCAAUAAUAGUUUGUCUAUGUUAUCUAAUUGCUUAACUCCUAUACCGGGUUUAAAAAAAGUUUUGCAAAAUGCAAAAAUGUUAUAUUCUACAAACGCUUAUAUAUAUCAGUAUAAUAAUUAUGGGGUGACACAUGACAAUAUCCGCAAUUCCCUCAUGGGGGUUGACCAAAUUAUUAAUGCAUAUGAGCGUUUAUCUUGCGAGUAG